AGUAGAGAGAGAGAGAGAGAGAGAGAGAGAGGGUUUUCGGAGCACACAGAGAAAGAGGGAGAGAGAGGAGCUUAGAUACUAUCUAUCUUCUUCGCGGCGGAUUUCGAAGCAGAGCCGAGCGAGCGAGAGAGAGAGAGAGAAGCCAGUGAAUCGCGAUAGAUCUGAGAUUCUAGAGAGAGAAAGUAAGAGAGAGUAUGAGUAUCAGAGGCGGAAGCAGCAGCAAUGGCGGCGGCGGCGGCUUACAAUCAAUUCCAGCGGCGUCAAGGAAGAUGGUCCAGAGUUUGAAGGAGAUUGUAAACUGUCCCGAAUCUGAGAUCUACGCUAUGCUCAAAGAAUGUAACAUGGACCCUAACGAGACGGUUAAUCGCCUUCUCUCUCAAGAUCCUUUUCACGAGGUGAAGAGCAAGCGAGAAAAGAAAAAAGAGAAUAAGGAUACAACAGAGUCCAGGUCUCGUGGCGUUAGUAACACUUCAAAUCGUGGGGGUAGGGGUGGCACUGACCGUUAUGUUGGACAUGGAGGCUCAACUCAAUUCAGCUCAUAUGAGUCUGGUGCUUUACAUGGAAAACCUGCAUACAAGAAGGAAAAUGGAAUAAAUAACCACAUAAGCCCUUCUUCUGCAGCAUCUGGAAUGGAAGGAAUUAAUACGAGUCGGCGACCUCCAGCCCAGAGUGAUCAUCUCAUUACUGAAAAUAAAGCAACAACAACAGGCACAGUUGAUGGAGUUUUGUCAUCCUCACAGCCUUCUUCUGGAUACCAACCUCUGUGGUCGGGAGUCCCUGGUCAAGUAUCAAUGGCUGACAUUGUUAAGAUGGGUAGAAUGCAUGGCAAGACUUCCAGCACAACAAACUCAUCGCAGUAUGGUGUCAAUCACCACCAUGUUCAGGCACCUCGAUCCAAUGUGUCACAUCACGAUUCACGUUCCUCUGAUGAUCAUGUAUCUAAGGUCUCAGAGUUAAAUCCUGAGCCAGGAGUUGGUUCAGGCCAUCAUGUUUCUCCCAAUGACGACUGGCCCUUGAUUGAGCAGCCACCAGCUGCUAGUGUCUCUCCUGUCUUAGAGCCACCUGUGGCUUCCGAGCCGCAUGCAGAUGCAUCUAACUUGUCCUUUGAUAGAAUUAAUCAGCAUCUGGAGUCUCCAGAAGAUGAGGUCCAUGCAGUGGAUGAUGAUGCUAUUGAAAAUAUUAAUGUAAACCUUCAUGCCGGAUCUGCUUCUGUUUCCAGUAAAAAGAUACAGGAAGACAAUUCCGGAGGUGCCUCCCUUUUUAAUAGUGACAUCUACAAAAACAUGGGUUCUUACCAGCCUCACAGGAGUGCCUUUGAAUGUCAGGAAGUUGAAGACGUUGGUGCCUCAGUAUCAUCAGUGACAUUAAACUUGCAGCAACUAAGUGUGCAGGAGGACCAGGGGCCACCGCCUGAAGAAGACAACACUCCAGUAAUAAUACCUAAUCACCUACAAGUCCAGACUGCAGACUGCUCACACUUGAGCUUUGGUAGUUUUGGUUCUGGUAUGAGUGUUGCUUUUCCUGGGCCAUUUUCUUCUAGGCCUUUGAACAGUAACAUGGAAGAGGCAUCUGCAGAUGCAAAUGCAGAUGCUUCAUUAGUUGGGCACUCUGACACAAGGAAUCCUGAGUACUACGAGGAUGAGCCUCUCAGAACUGUCUCAGAUGGAAAUUUAGUUCAUAGAACUGAAGCAAGUGCUGGGAAUUAUGAUACUCCUUCCUCUUCACAACCCGAAGUGUUGAAACAUGAGAGCACUGAGGCACCACAUGAAAAUCAAUACAUCUUCCCCUCUACGUCAAAUUAUAACUUUGAAAAUGGCCAACAGUUGAAUGCUGCAUUUCCUCAUUCUCAGACGAGUUCUCAGAUGCAGAAUCUUGCUCCUUUCGCAAGUGUUAUGCAGGCAUAUACAAACUCAUUACCAAACUCUUUAUUGGCAGCGAAUGUUCAGCCUGUAAGAGAGUCUGAUAUUCCGUACUCACCCUUCCCCAUGACACAAUCAAUGCCUACAAAGUAUGGCACUGCAGUGUCUUCUAUCAGCGGUUCAAACAUUUCCAUUCCAGAGGCUUUGAAGACUGUUGGUUUUGCGUCAACGCAGCCAACUGCACAGACCCAUCCCGGAAGUGGCAUUCCUCAACAUCUUGCUGUGCACCAGUAUUCCCAACAAACUGUCCCUUUGGGGCCGUUUGCUAACAUGAUUGGCUAUCCUUUUUUACCUCAGAGCUAUUAUAUGCCAUCUGCUUUCCAGCAAGCCUUUGCCGGUAAUAGUACAUACCAUCAAUCUCUGGCAGGAGCGGUUCCACAAUAUAAGAAUAGUGUUUCUGUUAGCAGUUUGCCUCCAUCUGCUGCUAUUGCUUCUGGGUAUGGUGGCUUUGGAAGUUCAACCAGCAUCCCCGGCAACUUCCCAAUGAAUCCGCCUGCUGCCCCUGGUGCUACAAAUAUUAGCUAUGAUGACCUAAUGAGUUCCCAGUACAAGGACGCCAAUCAUUUGAUCUCUCUACAGCAGAAUGAGAACUCAGCCAUGUGGAUCCAUGGGCCUGGUUCCAGAACAAUGUCAGCCGUUCCAGCCAGCACAUAUUACAGCUUCCAGGGACAGACUCAACAACCUUCUGGAUUCCGGCAAACUCAGCAACCUUCACAGAAUUAUGGAGGAGGUAUUGGAUACCCAAAUUUCUACCAUUCUCAGGCUGGAAUUUCACUUGAACAUCAACAGCAGCAGCAAAACCCAAGAGAUGGUGGGGCCCUCGGUGGCUCCCAAGGCCAGCAACCUUCUAAGCAGUCUCAACAGUUAUGGCAAAACAGCUACUAAUCUCAUCACUUGGUUUUUCAGGGUCUUGUAAUGAGUUUGAAGGUGGCCCGACACGAAGGAGUUCUUGCGGUUGAAUAAUAUUAUAAUUUUAUAAUGCUUCCAAAGAGAACUCAAUUGUGGCCGCCGCCCUGCCCUGCCCUGCCCUGUGCCUUGAGGUUGUAUUUUUAGGGUAUUUAUUGCCGGUUUAAUGUAACGUAGGAAGGAACAUCGUGUGCUAAUUUGGAUUAGUGAACAAUUUUCUUCUUGGUUUUUCAAAUUCACUCUCCUUUUAAACUUCUUUUUCUCAUAUGUUGUGAAAGUAAGUUUGUUUCAUGUA